AUGGCCUCUAAUAUGCGAGCGCUACUUAUAUCGGGCCCGUAUAAUGGACUUCUUGGACCGGCCAGCGACAUAAUACUCAUGGGGAGCGUCCUUGAGCGCAAAGGUUUCAUAUUAACAGAAUGCUCUGGGCUUAAUGCCACCCGAGAUGGAAUCAAGUCGGCCUGGUCAAAGCUUGUCCAGCAAUGCUCUGAUAAAGAUGUCGUCGUGAUUUACUAUUCAGGAUACGGAGGCCUGGUCCAAUCCUCCAUACAUUUAACACCAGAUUCCGAACACAGAGCAAAUGGUGAAAAAGUGCCUUGGCGCUAUCAGUUCAUUGUACCCAUCGACUACGAUAAGACGACGGAAGAUGAUUUUAGGGGCGUAUUGGAUGUCGAGUUAUCGCAUCUUCUUCGUGACACAACACAAAAGACCAAGAAUGUUACCGUUAUCCUUGACUGCUGUCACUCUGGUCGCAUGUCGCGAGACCCCAGCCUCGGGACCAAGGCAGUCCCCAGAUAUAUUGCUGAGCAUGAGCACCAACGCAUUGGAGAGUAUGUGGAGAUUCUUAGAGAGAAGGGGGAGCUCAAGGGCGAGACAUUUCUCGAGGGCAACCCACACGCAGUCCGGAUUGUUGCCUGCAACACCAGUGAGAGUGCCUUUGAGUACGAAACUACGUCUGGCUCGUGGAAUGGCGCAUUCACGGAAGCCCUGGCUCAGGCACUGGAGGAAUCAGAUGGACAGGAGGUGUCCUGGAGCACCAUAAUACUCCGUGUGGGACAGCUUGUGAAUGUACGUUUCCCCCAGCAACAUCCGCACACCGAAGGACCCCACGCUCGCAUGCCCUUUACCGUGAAGGAAACGUCAAGGUCAUUGCUCCUUCGUAUAGAAGAAGGCGUGGGAAUAUUGUCCGCAGGAAGGGUUGGCGGCGUACUAGAAAACAAUGUCUACGCGAUAUACCCUUUCACCACUGGUGCCGGCAAUUCCAAAUCUCAGAUCGCCACAGCGUUCGUCACCAACGUCUCAGGCUUUAGGUCCCGUGUGCACCUGGAAUUCGAAGGGAAAGAAAAGUGCAUCCCUGCUGAGGGCGCAAAAGCUAUACUGGAGCAGGAGGCCCUGUAUGAGUGGCCCAUUGCGUUUCCUGCAGAAGUUGAAGGACUCCAGCUGCUUGUGGACGAGUCUGAAUACCUUCGGCCUCGUAAUGCGGACGACAAAGACCCCCUCGCGGUAAUUCGGCAGAGUGGCCCCACAAUUGAAGUUGUCAAUAGCAAGGGAAUUCCAAUUUCAGCAAGGACGGCACACGGCCCAAACUCAUUACCUCAGGUAGUUAAUGAUAUUGUCAUUGAUGCCGAAGAGCUUGCCCGCGGACAGCAUCUGCUUGGCCUGGAUUGCGAAAGUCCCGAGGAAAGGCUCCGCCAUAGAAUCAAAAUUGAUUUUGGGCUUGUUGUAAAAGGGAAACGGGGAAGGAAAAUCCCUCAGGAUGGCACGGGUUACUUGGCAGACGGGGACCGCGUGUAUAUCAACCUACGAAACGAGGGCGACAACACUGUCUACAUAUCGCUAUUUGAUGUCAAUGUGGCUGGGCAAAUUUCAUACCUCUCACGUUCGAGCCCUACCGGCAUCGACCUAGAAAGCGGCCGGUCAUACACACUCGGUGCAAAAGACCUUGACAGGGAGCUUGCAGGUCUGCCAGUCACGUGGCCUACCCAAGUUCCGAGGAAGAGGAAGGUUGACGAGACAUUGGUGGCCGUGGUAACCAGCUCACCAGUGGACAUUGGAUAUUUGGGAAAACCGCGCAGUGAAACAGAAGUUCGUUCAUCUGGAAAGGCAGCUGGUACCCAGUCUAACCUGGAGCAACUAAUUGAUACCAUCUCGUCUGCCCGACCUCGUACCAUUGGAGCCGAAGAGGACUCUCCUUCUAUCCGCUACGACUUUAUCCAGAUUCCCUUUACACUUCACACCACUCAUGCCGACAGCGACGGUCUACAUACCGGCCAGGCCGGUUAG